GACGCACCCAGCGAAUCUUUGCUGCCCCUGGUGGUUUUGCGAAUCUUCGCUGCCCUCCCCCACACUGGACACUGCGAUGAGACUCUUUUUUGGUGUCCUCAGCGAAUAACCGCCACCUUGAGCGGCUUUCCGCCACGUCUUCUGUCGCUUCCUUCAUGGCCCAGCAGAAACUGUGCACGAGCACUCCGGCUAUGCUGACGCUCCAACUCCUUCUUUUCCGACCUCUUCGUGCUCCUUUUCAAGACUCACUGGGCACAUUGACUCGGUCGCACGAGUGGCUUGAAUCGGUCCUUCCAAGAAAUACAAGAAACUUCUAUCAACUACGCUGCGCCUUGACUAGAAUUUGAAGACACGAUGAGCGUCAUAUGGGUUUCCGAGCGUGAGAUCUUCUUGAAUGGGAGACGACGGGAGGAAGAGAGGAGUGUUGGUUGGCCCGGGGGCCCCCGGCAGGUCGUCGUUGUCUGAGAUACUGGUGAGAUCAAUGCCCCCUGCGUGAUGAGAUGUGAGCACGAUGGUCAUAUUACUCAUGCUGGAGGAGAUAGGACCUACCGUGGACUUGCAUACUAUUACUAGGACCCGCACUGGAAGACCCUUCACCCGAGUUCGUAUCUACCAAAUACAAUCAGCUUUGACCAG